AUGUUGCACAUAAAUUCUGUGCUUGUUGCAGACGAUAUUGAGGAAGAGUGCUUGCAAAUACUGAAAAUGAAUGGAGUUAGUGCCAUUAAGAAGACCAAGUUGUCUGAAGAACAACUUCAGUCGGAACUGUUACAACACGAUGCUGUUGUAGUACGUUCAGCAACGAAGAUAAAUCGUCGGAUCAUCGAACAUGUUGACAAAAAGCUAAAAUUAAUAGGUCGGGCUGGAACUGGUGUGGACAACAUUGAUGUUGCUGCAGCUACUGAACAUGGCAUCGUCGUCAUGAAUACUCCAGGUUACAAUUUAAUGUGUUUAUUUCUUGAUUAA